AUGAACCGUGGACCCGUUGUAUUGUCGAUCGAUGAGGCCGAGUAUUUGCUUGAUCAGGUGCCUCCACCGGAAGCUGAUGAGGAGCCUAUGGUGACCAGACUACGCGAAAAGCUUCGAGAACUAUUGACUGAGCUACGCAAGGGUGCAGAAGGCAACAACUAG